AUAUGCACCACGGACCAACAUUUCCCACGAAGAAGCCGCCCAUCCAUCCAAGCUAAACUCAGCUAGCAGACAACGUAAACAUUGGCACAGCAUUAGCAAGAUUGGGACCUUUAAACUCUUUUUGUCACAUUUUUUUCUUCAUCUGUUUACAAUAUUAUGUGGUAGCGUAGAUAAAAUGUAAUAUUCAGCUAUGGGCGUUUGUACCUGUGACUUUUUAACGUUCCCGAGGCCCUGAGUUUACCUCGCUAACGGAAGCUCAUGAUUCAGCUGGAGAAACCGGUGCUGACUGGUACCAUGCCUGUGGUAUGGCCCACUAUCCUCGACCUUGGCAGGGAUGAGUGCAAAAGGAUACUCCGGAAACUGGAGUUGGAAGCUUACGCCGGCGUCAUCAGCGCCCUGCGAGCGCAAGGUGACCUGACAAAAGACAAGAAGGAUCUGCUGGGAGAACUGACAAAGAUCCUCGGCAUCUCGACAGAGCGGCACCGUGCAGAGGUUCGCAGGGCCGUCAAUGAUGAGCGCCUCUGCACCAUUGCGUACCACAUGGCCGGUCCAAACAGCUCGUCUGAGUGGGCCAUCGAGGGACGCCGGCUCGUUCCGCUGAUGCCGAGGCUGGUCCCUCAGACGGCUUUCACGGUGACCGCUAAUGCAGUCGCCAGUGCCACAGCCAGUCAGAACGCCUCCCUUCUGUUGCCGGCUGAAACAGGGAACAAAGAAGUGGUUGUGUGUUACUCUUACACGAGCACAACAUGCACCUCCACCAGCUCCACAGCGACCAGCGGCGCCAUGGGCGGAGUGUCCAAAUCCCCGCGGCCGCCAAGCCCCUCCUCCAGUGUGGUUGUGCUGCCCAGCGGAAGCACCGUCUACGUGAAAAGCGUGAGCUGCUCCGACGAAGACGAGAAGCCACGCAAGCGAAGGCGCACCAACUCAUCAAGUUCAUCCCCUGUGAUGCUGAAGGAGGUCUCCAAGGUGUCGCCGCCCGUUGCCAAGAACAUGGUGGCGCCAGUGAGCGGCUCUCCCAAGAUGAGCAACAUCAUGCAGAGCAUUGCCAACUCGCUGCCGCCCCACUUGUCACCCGUCAAGAUUACCUUCACCAAGCCCACCAUCCAGACCACCAGUGCUACCACACAGAAGGUGAUCAUUGUGACGACGUCCCCCAGCUCCAACUUUGUGCCCAACAUUCUGUCCAAGUCACACAACAACGCCACCGUGUCCAAGUUGGGCUCUACCGCCAUUCUGACCACACCCACCCAGAAACAGACGGUGGUCUUCCCAGCGAGCUCCACCACUGUCGCCGUCACUACGGUGGUCUCCUCCACGCCAUCGGUGGUCAUGUCCACUGUCUCCUCAUGUGCUGCCUCGGCAGGAGUGAAGGUGGCCUCAGCUAGGCUACCCUCCCCGAAAACCGUGGUGGGCUCUUCGACUCAGAUCCUGACCCAGUUCCCUAAGCAGCAGUCACCCAAACAGCUGCAAACCUCGCCCAUUGGCACUGCUGGCGCGAGCCAGGCCCAGAGCAGCGCCACUACCUCGCCAGGUGCAAAGCCUACCAUUCAGAUCAAGCAAGAGUCUGGAGUGAAGAUCAUUACUCAACAGGUUCAGCCUAGCAAAAUCCUGCCCAAGCCUUCGUCAGUGGCUCUGUCCAGCAGCAGCUCCUCCCCCAUCAUGGUCGUCAGUAGCAACGGCGCCAUUAUGACCACCAAACUGGUCACUCAGCCCACAGCUACGCAGGCCACCUACACAAGACCCACCAUGACCCCCAACAUCGGUGCCAGAAUCUCAACCUCGGCCGGCGGAGCCACCUAUGUCAAGACCACAAGCGGGAGCAUCAUCACGGUGGUACCCAAGUCCUUGGCCACACUGGGCGGGAAGAUCAUCAGCAGCAACAUCGUGUCGGGCACCACAACAAAGAUCACCACCAUCCCCAUGACGUCCAAACCCAACGUCAUUGUGGUUCAGAAAACCACAGGCAAAGGAGCAACCAUCCAGGGGCUGCCCGGCAAGAACGUGGUCACCACGCUGUUGAACGCUGGGGGCGAGAAGAGCCUACAGACUGUUCAGGGUACCAAACCAGCCAUCAUCACCACCUCCAGGCCCAUCACCAAGAUGAUCGUCACCCAGCCCAAAGGCAUGAGCUCUGGCUCGCAGUCCACUGCCACCAAGAUCAUCCCGACCAAGAUCGUCUACGGCCAGCAAGGCAAGACCCAGGUGCUCAUCAAGCCCAAGCCAGUCUUCCAGGCCGCCGUGGUGAGCGAACAGACCCGGCAGCUGGUCACCGAGACACUUCAACAAGUGACGCGCUCGGGUGACGUGGGCCAGGUUUUGGGUCAGGAUGUUUCUGCCAAGGACGACAGCGGCGGCUUCACAGAGAGCAGCAGCGGCAGCUCGGUCGGCGAGACGUCCCACAGCAGUGAUUCCCAGCCUGUGCUCCACGUGGUGUCCGCCAAAGAGCACGAUUGGACCGAGCAGGAAGUGGCGGUGGAGGCCACCCCUACUAUCAUCUACCAGGAGGUGUCAACCGGAGAAUCCCAGUCUGCCACAUCCACCAUUAAAGCUCUACUGGAGCUGCAGCAGACCUCAGUGAAGGAAAAGGGCCAAGAGUCCAAACCCAGGCAGCAUACCAUCGACCUGAGCCAGAUGGCCGUACCCAUUCAGCUGGCCCAGGAGAAGAAAACCAACCCGGAAUCCUCCAGGCCGACCAGCUCCGAAGCCGAAGCCGGCUCUGACGCCAUCACAGCAGGUAAAGUCAGCCAGGUGGGCGUGUCCUCGGGAGACAACGUGGUCAUGGCCUCCACUCCGCAGCCGCAGCAGGGGAAGUCUUACAAGAGCCAGAUCACCACGGUAACCAAAACAGCUGCCGCCCCGCCUGCAGCCGCAGUGACGCACAUCAGCCUCAGGCCCUCUGAUGGUAAAACAGACUCGGUGUUGGAGGUCAGUGAGCUGGAAGGCGACACUUUGGACCCCCAGACCGGUUUGUUUUACCGCUCCACCAGCCAGCCAACAGACUGCACCAAGCACUCCAUCACCGCCACUCAGCCGUCAGUCGUGAGCAGGCCUGACCCCGAGCAGCCGCCGCCACCGCCGCCACCACAACUGCAAAGCAAACCUCAAAUCAGCCAGCCUUCCUCUGCAGCCUUUUCCGCGGCGCCCCACUUGACCAAGAAACUCCCCAAACUCCGAGAGCAGAGUCAGCCCAAACCUCAGGGGUCCGUCACGCCGCCAGGCACACCCGUCAAGCUGCCGGUGACGCCACAGCUUCCCAAGCUACAGCAGGCACCCACGUCCCACCACAGGCCUCUGCACACGUCCAUGUCCCACCCGCCUCCGCUGCAGGCGCACCACCCUGUCAGUGCAGAGAAGAGCGCCUCCAGCCAGCCAAUCAUCACUCAGAGCGCCACCGUCACCAAGAUCACUUUCGGCAGCUCUCAUCACUCAUCGCCCGUCUUCAGCGGCGAGGCAGUCGCCAAACUCAUCCCGGAAUCCAGCUCGGGGCCGUCGGUGGACAAGACCUCCGUGUCGGACAUCCUCAAGAUCUCCAUGAUGGAGGCUGAGAUCGACCCCAGCACCGAGCCCAUGGUGGUGGACUCCUCCAGUGACUGCGCCCCCGUGGGGAAACCGCUGGAGGUCCUGGCCGUCUCGGGCACGCUGGACGCGGGUCAAUUCAUCAGCAGUUCGGGGGCGACGGCUGCAGCGGCACAUCAUCAUACCCACGCCAAAGCGCAGCAGUUCAGCCGCGUGCAGCCUGGCAAAGGCGACAUGGAAGUCAUUGAGGUGAUCCCUCAGUACUCCAUCCUGCCGGACUCCAGCCAGUCCAACGUGGUGGUGGAGCCCAGCGGCUUCCUGGAGAUCACAAACUACACCAGCCAGCAGCUGGAGGAAGACAGCCCCAUGGAACAGGAAGUGGACAGCAGCAACGACGAGGCGGCCUCCGCCAGCCCCCCCGACCAGCCGUAGUCCCGUACACUCUGAACAGUUUCUGUGAUGUGCAAAGCAUUAGCCAGUGACUCCAAGCGGAGCCUCGUGCCCAUUGGACAACUUCCUGUUUGAGAGGACUGCACUUUUUGUGGACAGUUCCUGAAAAAAAGACUUGAUGAACGUCUUCAAAGGCACUGCGGCUUUGUAACUCUCCUAUGGAAUGAACUUUUCGUAGACCCUGCAGGACAUUGCGUUUCUACAAGGAGUAUUAAGCUUAACGUAGUCCCGGAAGAUACAUACAUCUUAAUGUGCAUUCUAAAUGAUGUGAUGUUUCACAAGAAGGACUUCGUGUACGUAUUAUUUUUUUGUAAGAUAUAUCAUGGAGAUCAUCUUAGAAAUACCGCAUAGUGUUUGAACUAUGCCUUUCCUUUUAUACAUUUUCAAAGUACACAACUUGACAGAAUUCGCUUACUCUCCAGAAUAAAUCGUCCUGAGUAGAAAACGUUCAUGUUCUUCAUUUUUACUGUCAGGAGGGAAAGGCUCCUGGAGAUGGAGCUCUUUUUUUCAUUUUACCUGAACAAUGUUUACAAGUCACAAAAUUUGGUCAUACUAAAUGUAUUUUGCCUUUUCAUUUGGAAACCAACAACAUGACUUCUUAGUAGUACUUUUAGAUAAAAGUGGAAAUACAUGUUUUUAUCAAGAAUCAUUUUUAGAAUUAUUUUAAACACACAAU